AUGGCGCACAAUCACAAUGAAGGGGUCAUCAACCCCCUCAGACCAUACUACAUCCCUCCCACCAUUGGCGAGCCUGCAGUCGAGCCCAUGACGGCACCCGGGCCCCAUGCUUUCACACAGGGAAAUACGACCGACAACUAUGCCUCCAAGGCGCGAACCAUCUUCUCCGACAUCGACAUCGACUACAAGGAGUACCUGACCGACCAAUCACCCUCAGUCAUGUCGACAGUCAAGGAAGUCCUCGACGAGCUGCUAUGGAAGUACAUGUCCGUCUUCAUGGCCCAGCCCUUCGAGGUAGCCAAGACCAUCAUGCAAGUUCGCGCCCAGGAUGACUUGGGGGGACUGGAGGCUCUCGCGAUGGAGCAGGCAAAGCACAAGGCUGCGACGAACCAAAAGAUUCGCAUGUAUGAUGAGGACACACCAUCCCCCUACGACUCCGACCCCGACUCCGACCAAGAUGAAAUGGCCUCCUUCUUCACAGCCAAGGUCCCCCCUCACCGACCAGCCUCGCCAUCUACAAGUCGCUCAGGAGGAAGACCGAGAGAUCCGAGCCCCGGCGGCGCAUCGACGACAGGGCGCACCCCCAGCAAACAAGUCCCAGAACACCAACUCACAAUGCGCACACCCAAUUCCGUUUUGGAAGUAAUCGCGCAACUAUGGCAAAAGGAAGGAGCGUGGGGUGUGUGGAAGGGAAACAAUGCGACGUUUAUCUACUCAGUUUUGCAGUCUCUGCUAGAGAAUUGGUCGCGAAGUUUGCUUAGCGCGCUCUUCAACGUUCCCGAUCUGGGUGUACGAGGCGACCUAGAUCGACUGGUGGACAUUGCGUCACCAUACCCAUGGGCAUCACUUUUCGUCGCUGGCGCUGCUGCCGCCAUCACGGGCUUGAUCCUUUCUCCCCUGGACUUGGUCCGGACACGCCUCGUCCUAACCUCCGUUUCCCGUGGCUCCCGCCGCACCCUCUCCACCCUCCGCGCCCUUCCCUCCUACCUCUGCCCCGCAACCCUCUUCAUCCCCACAGUCCUGCACUCCCUCAUCCACCCCUUCUUCAUGCUCUCCACACCUUUGGUCCUGCGCUCGCGCUUCAUGAUAGACCGCGAAGUCUCCCCCGUGGCCUUCUCCAUCGCCAAGUUCUGCUCCUCCACGGUGGCGUUGUUCAUCAAGCUGCCUCUCGAAACCGUCCUGCGUCGCGGCCAAGCAGCCGUCUUAUCCUCGCCCCAAUACGUCGCUGCUCUAGAACCCAAGGUUCCCACCGUUACCAAGAGUCGAAGAGCUGCUGCGCUGGAAAGCAGAGAAGAUGGGGAUAGCAAGACGCCGCAGAUGGAAACGAUCGUGCCAUUGGGCAGAUAUAACGGCUUGUUCGGAACGAUGUACGCCAUUGUUAAUGAGGAAGGGUCGCAUGCGGCGCCUAUGACGGCUGCGGCGAAACGCAAGGCGGCGCUGGCCAAGAAGAAUGGGGAUAAGAGCGUGCCGCAGGUGGUUUAUAGGAGGGGACAAGGGAUGGAUGGGCUGUGGAGGGGAUGGAAGGUUAGUUGGUGGGGGUUGGUUGGGUUGUGGACGGCGGGGGUUAUUGGUGGUGGGGGUGAUGCUGGGGAGUUUUAA